ACGAUGAUAGUGACAGAGACAGAGACAGAGUGCCUGUUCGUGAAAAGAAUGGUGGAUUUUGUCUUGUCGUUUACUUUACUUUGAUUAUGGAUUUAAUUAUUUCACAAUUGGAUUAUUUGUAAUAUGAAGAAGAAAAGUAUGAGAAUGGAAAGUGCAUCGAAUAAUGAUGACGGGCAGUCGUAUACCCCGGCAGUAUGUGCUGGCUGUUUGAAUCUCCUGGAUGACGAUGAUGAAUUCAUCGAUGCUUUGGAUCAAGAAUGGCAUACCGAAUGUUUCAGGUGCUCAGCCUGCGAUGCGGCCUUGUCAAACUGGUACUUCGAGAAAGAUGGCAUGCUAUUUUGCAAAAACGAUUACUGGUCAAAAUACGGCGAAUCUUGUCAACAUUGUGGGCAGAUUAUUACAGGGCCGGUAAUGGUAGCAGGUGAUCAUAAGUUCCAUCCCGAGUGCUUUUGUUGUGCUUCAUGUGGCGGCUUUAUUGGUGAUGGAGAAUCAUAUGCACUUGUUGAACGGUCAAAAUUGUAUUGUGGAGUAUGCUACAAGCGGCAGAUGCAACCAUUGGUGAAAACAUCUAAAACGCCCUUUGCCAGAAAGCCUCAUUCGAUCAGAUUGGUGGAGUUAGCACCCACUACUAGCAGCUCCAGAGGAAUCAAGUUGAGUGUUGAAGCUUGUCCAAAUUAUCCAGCUCUCAGGAUCUCACAAUUCAUGGCGAACAUUUUGACCAAAGUGAUGAAACUGGCAGUCACUGUGCUAGAAGCUGCUUUCAGUUUUUGCUGUCUUCUAUCACGUUAUAGGUUAGAUGUGAACAAUGAUUUAAUGUCUCUUCACAUCGGAGACAGAAUUCUGGAAGUGAAUGGAACGCCAGUCAAGGAUCAAUCUAUUGAUAACAUAGAAAAUCUCAUCCGAUACUCAGAUUCAGUGCUCCAGCUAACAAUCGAACAUGAUCCGGACGCAUUGAGCCGGCGAAGACCUGGCUUUGCACCUGCAGCUGUAAUUGCACCCAAAUCAGCUGCGACCGAUGUAGCUGAUAAAGAAAGGAAAGAGCUGUUCAAGCGAAGAGAUGAAGGUUACAUCAGUGGCGGGUAUGGGUCACGCUGCUCCAGGCAGUUGAGGCGUGGCAGGGACAAGGAGAGAUCAUCCUCCACUUCUCGUCUCUUGGAAGGGUCCCCACCUUCUGGUCGCGAUGGGUACGAUUUGUCACGAACUAGAUCAUUCCGUGUUGAUCCGAAAAGCCAGAGGAUUUUCAGAGCUUCAGAUCUGGUGAAAGGUGAUCUUCUCGGUCAAGGAUUUUUCGGCCAGGUCUAUCAGGUGACCCACCGCGACACCGGGGAAGUCAUGGUGCUCAAAGAACUCUACAGGGUCGACGAAGAGGCGCAGAAAAACUUUUUGAAAGAGGUUGCCGUUUUGCGAAGUCUCCAUCACGACAACGUUUUGAGGUUCAUUGGUGUCCUCUAUAAAGAGAAGAAGCUGCACCUUGUCACAGAGUUCAUAUCUGGUGGCACCUUGAAGGCUCUCAUCCACGACCUGAGUGAGCCCUUGCCCUGGGAACAGAGAGUCAAUUUUGCUAAAGAUAUAGCUGCAGGCAUGACUUACCUACACUCCAUGAACAUAAUUCAUAGGGAUCUCAACUCGCAUAACUGUCUAGUCAGAGAAGAUAAAACUGUUGUGGUUGCCGAUUUCGGAUUGGCGAGAAUCAUUUCGCAAAGUGACUGCGACCGCGGAAGAGUGAACAGAUGUGGUGUGAUCCAGAAUCCACGGCGUGUAGUGCCCUGUGAAGGCAGAUCUGUGGCUGGACAAAGGCGAUCCGAACGAAAAAAGCGUUACACCGUCGUGGGAAAUCCCUACUGGAUGGCACCGGAAAUGAUGAAAGGCAACAAGUAUGAUGAAAAGGUUGAUGUAUUCUCUUUCGGCAUUGUCUUGUGUGAGAUAAUUGGCAGAGUUAAUGCGGAUCCAGAUUAUCUUCCAAGAAACUCGGAUUUCGGGCUCAACCAAAAUGUUUUUAAGGAGAAGUUUUGUGCGUCGUGUCCACAACACUUCUACAAGAUAGCUUUUCUUUGUUGUGAUCUCAACCCUGAUAAAAGGCCACCUUUUGAAGUAAUGGAAGUUUGGUUGGAAGGAUUGGCAAUGCAUCUCUCAGUCGGUAGGCCCUUGCCACAUGAUCUCGAUUAUGACAUAAAUCAUUACUCAGGUGUUUCGAGCUCGUCGAUUGCUGGGGAGUCAGUUCCGCUGCCAAUUCUGCCUUGCCUGCCACGAUCAGUUGAAUCAACUGCUCUCUAACUUCAAUCAUUUCAAGUUUGAGUUUUCUUUCCAUUAAUUAUACUUUGCAUUCCACUAGAUGUUCCACUAGAUUCUGGAAAUAACUACUUGACAAUUUAAAUAUGCACACAGACAUAAGUUCUACAACUGAGACCUAAACUUAGUUCUUAGCCACACUAAGCUGUUUGGCUGAUUGGGUUGACGUAUCGAGUGAGGUUCCAAUUUAAACUGUAGAAAAACAUUUUUAUUUUAAUGAAUUUCUCAAUUACAUUCCAAAUCUUACAUUCAACUGAUAUUGUAUCUUAUAUCAUUUUGAUAUUCAAGAGACAGACUGAGGCAGAACAUUCUAAUUGAUCAAGACAGUUUGAAAUCAAUUUUUCAUGCCAUAGUUAUUCUAUCAUCCAAAACAUUCCAAAAGUUCAAUUCCCUGUAUUAUUUUGGCAUGUAACUUUAUGAAAACUUGCAGACUUACUUUUACAUCUUCCUCAUUUUUAGUUUUCUCGUACAUUUCGUCAAGUAGUUAUUUCGGAAUUAAUUUAAUAUUAUUUAUUUGUAUGUGCAAUUUAUUACAUUAUGUAUUACAACUGAUCUGGUGAUUUCCAUUAGAUAUUAUAAUAGUACCGUAUAGAAUAAUUUCAGUAUAUGUAGGCUACUACAUUACGAUACUUUCAUAGAUCAAUAUUUAGGCCAGUUGAUGUAAAAGAUUUGUUAUUCCUGUUUGUAUAUGUUGCCAGAAUGUUUUCCACUGAAACCAUACCUCUGAAUUUCAAUAUGUUGUACGAAAUAUUUUUUUCAAUUUUCAUAGCUUUGAGUUUAAUAAAUAUGCAUGACAUCUAGUCAACUCAUUCCUAUCAAUAUUUUUAUCUUUUCCACUUUACUUUGUGCUUUUUAGCACUGCUUUUCCAAAAUCUAUAUACUUCGGUACUUAAUUAGUUUUUGAUAUUCAUUAUUUUUUAUUGUUGAAAUUUUGUAAACAUUCCAAGCUCCUUUGUAAAGAUGCAUACAGACUUUUAGAACACGCGCAUUUCACUUUUCAUCAGCUGAUGCUAUUCUUAUUAUAUCUGUAGUUGUACAUAAUCAGUAAGAUACAGGUAUAGUACGCAUAGCAUCAGAUGAUGAAAUAUGAAAUGCGCAUGCUCGUGACGCAUAAGUCUGUACGCACCUUCAGGUUUAACUUGUAGACACGAGUAAUAGGCUACGCAAACUAUGAAAUAAGAAGAUUUGGAUCAGCUGUCUUUAAGCUCUAUAUUUUUCAAAGUUUGCUCUAUAAGUUCAAAGUUCUAUAUUUUGUGUGUAAGGGAAUUACACUUUUGUAAUAUUUACAUGUCCAGUACUAGACAUUUGACAAUAGACAUUCCUUCAAACCUUACCUCAAAUAAUGUUUUAUCAUCUAUGUUAUUUGAAAGUCAAUCUUAAGCCACAAAUUGACAUCACCAGUUCAGUUUGCAUUAUUCUUCUAUAGUUUGCAAAAUUCUUUGCAAACAAUUUAAAUUGAUUAAUGUUUUAUCAUCUAUGUUAUUUGAAAGUCAAUCUUAAGUCACAAAUUGACAUCACCAGUUCAGUUUGCAUUAUUCGUCUAUAGUUUGCAAAUUUUUAUGCAUACAAUUUGAAUUGAUUGCUCCAUUCUAUUCAAUUUUAUAAUAUAUAUUUUUUUUAAUUUGUGUCUUAGAGAAUGCAUUGAAUAUAUUUUUUUAAUUUGUCUUAGAAAAUGCAUUGAAUAUUUUUUUUAUAUGAGUUUAUUCACAUGCAUGAGUAUUCAUUCGAAGAAAAUGAAAAAAAAUCAUUUCCAAGAGGAGUAUAUUUGUUCAAUUACUAUUGUUAGUAUUUAAGAGUUGAAAGCAUAACACCUUUUAAAUUUAGUUUUCCAGAAAACUUUUGUCAUUUGUGAGAAUAGUAAUUUAGUUGAGACACUAUUUCAUCAACGGCUCUCAGUGCUUAGUCUUCAACAUGGGAUUUUGUAUCCAAAUUUCAUCAAUCUCAAAAAUCAUUAUCUUGAAUUAACUAUUCGUUUUAUUGAAUACAUUAUAGCACAUCAUAUCAAACAUGCUUGUUCAUUGAUCUGUUUGAGAUACAAAUCAUGUUUAUUCAUUCCAAAAUACAUUUUUCUGUUGAUAGACAAUUAAAAUAUAUUUAAUAUUGAUAGAGCUUCCAUAUUCACAAAGCUAAAAGGUGUUGUCGAACCUAUAGAAUCUCAGUGGUGUUUGACAAAAUACUGUGAUAUAUCUACUUAAUUGAUGUAUACCUGUACAUUCAUUAUGUAAAUAAUAAUUUGUUUAGCUUUCAGUAAGUAGAGUUUAUGGAUAGUUAACUUCAAUUUUAUUGUGUACAAAGUGCCUACUUAACAGUUAGCGUUUAAUUUUUUAUUCAAACGUUAUGAUUUUGCAUAAUAUUAGUAAAGUUGAAUGUUGAAAUGCAAUAAAUUGAUACAAAUUUUAUCCUUCA